AUGGAGUGCUACUACAUUGUCAUCAGCUCCGCGCAUCUCAGCAACGGGCACUUUCGCAACAUCAAGGGAGUUUUCCGCGGCCCCCUCAGCAAGAACGGGAACAAAACUCUGGAUUAUGCUGAGAAGAAAAACACGAUAGCAAAAGCUCUGGAAGAUCUUAAAGCCAACUUCUACUGUGAGCUCUGUGACAAGCAGUACUAUAAACACCAGGAGUUUGACAAUCACAUUAACUCUUAUGAUCACGCUCACAAACAGAGACUGAAGGAAUUGAAACAGAGGGAGUUUGCUCGAAAUGUAGCAUCUAAGUCACGGAAAGAUGAAAGAAAACAGGAGAAAGCCCUUCAACGUUUGCACAAGCUAGCUGAGCUAAGGAAAGAGAGAACCUGCGCUCCUGGAAGCGGCCCUAUGUUCAAAUCCACUACAGUGACUGUGCAAGGUGAUUGCAAUGAUAUCCCCAAAAGUGCUGCCAUAGAUUCUGCCAAAAGCCAGGAUUUCAGCUGUACAUUAAUGCACGAUGCACAGAAUUGCAAAGACAUUGCUUCUGUUAUUUCGUCCGUCCCUGGAGAUGCAGGUAGCCAUCAGUCUGACCCUAACAAAUGUGGAGAUCACGUCCAAGGAGCUCAAGGACACAGAGUUGGGUUCUCCUUUGCUUUUCCUAAGAAAGCAGCAGUCAAGCUGGAGUCUUCAGCUGCCGUUUUCUAUGAGUUUAAUGAGGAAACCUCCAUGGAGCAUGGACUUAGCAGAAGGAGUAGGUUUGUUCCAGGAACGUGUAACCUUCAGUCUCCUUCAGCAGCAGAAAUAGUUGUAUGCCCUGAGGAGAAACACAACUGUUCUCACCCGCUGGUGGAGAAGUGCACAGACACAGCAGAAGCUCCUGAAGCUCCGGAGCCAAAAGAGCUGUCCAGUGAGGAGAGCAGGCUGCUGGAGAGUCCAGCUGUACCUCCUGCCAUGUCCCACUCCAAGCAGCUGGUGUCCUCAGACACGGAUGGCCACGGUGUGGAUGUGAGUGUGGCUGACUUAGGGGACCAAACCCUGCCCCUGGUUGCAGACAGUGCUCAGGUCCUGCCCCUGGAUGGCAGCGGACACGAGCUGCAGGCAAACAGAGCUCCCGUGCAGGAGCUUGGGGAGGAUUGCUCCUCUCUGCAGGAUGUUGCAGAGGAAAACUCUAAUGACAGGAACAGUGAUAGAUCUGCAACUGGAACUGAAAUUAAAAAGCUGGGGGCAGAUGCAGUAGUUCCAUCACUGUGUGAAGAAGGUGGUGGAGCCCCAAAAAGCAAACCAGACAUAAACAAGAGACCCUGUCAGCCCUUUGUUCCCGUUCUUAGCAAAUAUGGAUCCAAUAUUCUUCAGUGGCCAUCAGAAAUGUUAAUUUACACAAGUACAGACCCAUCAAUUUCUUAUAGCUGUAAUCCCUUAUAUUUUGAUUUUAAGUCAUCAAGAGCAAGUGAAAGCCAAGAAAAGCCCAAGCAUCAACCAAACGUACCUCAUUUGCACCAUAAAACUGAAUCUAACCAUAUCUUAAUCUCAGACUUUACAAAAAGACCUACUUCAGAGUGUGGUGAUUAUGAAGUAGAGGUGAAUAAAAAUGUGUGCAACUAUACGAUACCCCUGUUAAGUGAUGUUUCCUUCUUCAGAAAUUGUGACCUUGCAAAAAAUCAAAACAAAGUGUCCUUGGAUGAGUCAUUCAGGAUUAGAAAAAUAGAAAAGUAUCACAUAUCUCAUAACCCCUUACGACAAAACACUGUGAUAGAUGAGAAAUACGACAAAGUCUGGAUCAAAGCGGGCCAUGAAAAAUGGCUUCACAAAAACAGAAAACGGAAAAGGAGAAGAAAAUGGUGUCAUUGUCAUUAUCAUCACUGUGGAGACACAACAGUUGCAGAGAUGGAGAUGUCUGCAGUAACUGAAAAAGAAAUUACUUACAGAGAUGAAAAUAAACAUCAGCACCUCCAAAACAAUGCAGAGAAGUGCAGACAUGACGCGGGAAAUAUCUGGUUAACCGCAGGUGAGGUGCAGCAGUCACAGCCAAAAUUUGGCAUUGAAAACGGUCCUAAGAGAGUCGUGUCUGCACCAGAUCACAUACACUGGGACAGAGGCUGGUGUGACUUUUGGAGUGCCAAAAGCAGUGGCCAACACCAUGGCUGUGAAGGACCACGCAGGAAGAGCAAGGCGAGCUCCCGGAGGCAGGCGAAGCAGCUGGCUCUGAGCUCCAGGAGGCACAGCCUCAGGGACUCCAAAUCCUGCUGCAGCUGCAGAGUCAGGAGGUCAAGCAGUAGCCCAGAGCAUAAAUGCUUAGGACAAUGCAGUGAGGAGAAGGGCCCUAGUCAGAACCAGCCCGUAAAGAGAGGUUACAGUGUUCUGACAGAAGAAGCCGAGAAGCCCCACCGCAAGCGGAGGCAGCACACCUAUUCCUAUUCCUCUUCCUCGGAUGAAGGCUCAUGGGGACAGGCGUUACCCACAGGGGAAUAUCUAAGGCAAGGGCACGCUUUAGGUACCUAUCACAAGGCAAAAGGGAAACGCAGGAAAAGGAAGUCUAGAAUCCAUCACGUCCUCGUCGACACGAAUGCAAAAAGUGAGACCUCCGAAUCUUCCAAAGAAAAUUCUGCCAAUUCUACGUUAAAUGUUUCGGGGGACUUACUGACUCAAGACAAUCCAGAGGAAACUAAUGCGGCUCCCAGAGAUGAUGAUGCAAAAGACAGGGAUGAAGCAAUGGAGCUGGAGGAAAGCAAGUCGCCCGUAGAAGCUGCUGCCCCACAGGUGCUGGGAGAUGACAAACCGAGGGCGUGCACAGCCACGGAGAGCGCACCGGCCGCGCCUCCUGAUGGCACCGCACCCUGCGCCGCUUCUGCCCCCGAGCGCGCUGCCGCGGCUGCUGCCGUCCGACACGGUGUCCCCCCAGAGGGAAAGGCUAAGGAGAAUGGCAACAGUCGCGAAAAUCCAGCUCGUUACAAAGUUCCCGUCCCCAACAGACAGCAGGAACAAACUCCUCCUAAGUCCUAUCUUUGCCAUUAUGAGUUGGCCGAGCCUCUGCCGCACGAGAAGUCGGGCGAGGUGGCCGCUGAGUGGGUGCAGUGUAACCCCGGCGCAUUCAGCAGCCCCCCGCCCUUGCCGUUCAAAGAAGCGCACCUAAACACUCCCACCUUUCUAACCACCGAGCAGUUAAGAGCCCCCUUCCCCCUGCCCGACCAGACGCUGCUAUUCCCUGCGGACGGCCACGAGAAGUUCAAGGAGCUGCCGUCGGAGGCGUUCCAGCAGGUGAUGCCGCAGACCGUGCUGUCGGCCAAGCUGAAGUUCGCCUUGGCCCCGCCGGGCUCUCCGCUGCCGCCGCUGCCGCUGCAGCCUCCUCUGUGCUCCGCCUCGGUGACCACCAUCCACCGCACCGUCCUGCAGCAGCAGCACGGCUCCGUCAAGGUGCUGCAGCCCCCGCAGCAGUUCCUGUCGCAGGUGCCGGCUCUCUCCCGAGCUCCCCUGGCUCAGCUGGCCGUGGGGCCGCGGCUCUGUCCCCACGCCGCUUUCGUGGCCCCGCCGCCGCUGCCGCUGCUGCCCCCGGCCGUGCUGCCGCCCGCCCCGCUCGCCUUUCCCCCGCUGCCGCACUCCGUCUUCCCGUCCCUGCUGGCCCCGCACCCGGCUGUCAUCCCCCUGCAGCCGCUCUUCUAG